AUGGCUUCCAAGAAUUUGCUUGUCGUCCUUGCCAUUGUGGCUGUUGCUCUUCCCUCCGUCGCCAUGGCAGCUGAAAUUUGGGUCGGAGGUGAUAAGGGUUGGACCAUCGAUUUUGAUUAUCAAACUUGGGCCAAGGAAAAAGUAUUCAAUGUUGGAGACACCCUAGUUUUCAACUACACCCAAGGGCACCAUAAUGUGAUCAAAGCGACUAAAACUGCAUUCGAUACAAGUCAUUGUGCUGACCAAAAACAGAAGCUGGCCAUCACUGUCGAGGUAGGAGCUCCGGUACCGGCAGCUGAACCACCAACCAGUUCAGUCUCCGGGAUCGUGGCGUCGGGAUAUCAAGUUCUCAUGGCUGCAGUGGUUGCUCUUGGAGUGGUCGCCAUUGUUUGA